GGAACCUUACGCUGGUUCCCCUUCGUCUCCUCUCCCGGCCCGGGCCAUUAGGGAGUUUGCUGACGCCGGGUGAGCUGAGCCAGCCGCCAAGAUGCCAGCCUAUUUUCAGAGGCCGGAAAAUGCCCUCAAACGUGCCAACGAAUUUCUUGAGGUUGGCAAAAAGCAGCCUGCUCUGGAUGUUCUUUAUGAUGUUAUGAAAAGUAAGAAACAUAGAACAUGGCAGAAGAUACACGAGCCAAUUAUGUUGAAAUACUUGGAACUUUGCGUGGAUCUUCGCAAGAGCCACUUGGCUAAGGAGGGCUUAUACCAGUAUAAGAACAUUUGUCAACAGGUGAACAUAAAAUCUCUAGAGGAUGUGGUUAGGGCAUAUUUGAAAAUGGCUGAGGAAAAAACUGAAGCUGCUAAAGAAGAAUCCCAGCAGAUGGUCUUAGAUAUAGAAGAUCUGGAUAAUAUUCAAACUCCUGAGAGUGUUCUCCUAAGUGCUGUAAGUGGUGAAGACACUCAGGAUCGUACUGACAGAUUACUUUUAACUCCAUGGGUUAAAUUCCUGUGGGAGUCUUACAGGCAGUGUUUGGACCUUCUUAGAAACAAUUCUAGAGUAGAGCGUCUUUACCAUGAUAUUGCCCAGCAAGCUUUCAAAUUCUGCCUCCAAUACACGCGUAAGGCUGAAUUCCGUAAACUGUGUGACAAUUUGAGAAUGCACUUAUCGCAGAUUCAGCGCCACCAUAACCAAAGUACGGCAAUCAAUCUUAAUAAUCCAGAGAGCCAGUCCAUGCAUUUGGAAACCAGACUUGUUCAGUUGGACAGUGCCAUCAGCAUGGAAUUGUGGCAGGAAGCGUUCAAAGCUGUGGAAGAUAUUCAUGGGCUAUUCUCCUUGUCUAAAAAACCACCUAAACCUCAAUUGAUGGCAAAUUACUAUAACAAAGUCUCAACUGUAUUUUGGAAAUCUGGAAAUGCUCUUUUUCAUGCAUCUACCCUCCAUCGUCUUUACCAUCUUUCUAGAGAAAUGAGAAAGAAUCUUACACAAGAUGAGAUGCAAAGAAUGUCUACUAGAGUCCUUUUAGCCACUCUUUCCAUCCCUAUUACUCCUGAGCGUACGGAUAUUGCUCGACUUCUGGAUAUGGAUGGCAUUAUAGUUGAAAAACAACGUCGCCUUGCAACGCUCCUAGGUCUUCAAGCCCCACCGACACGAAUUGGCCUUAUUAAUGAUAUGGUCAGAUUUAAUGUACUGCAAUAUGUUGUCCCAGAAGUGAAAGACCUUUACAAUUGGCUUGAAGUGGAAUUUAACCCACUAAAACUCUGUGAGCGAGUCACAAAGGUUCUAAAUUGGGUUAGGGAACAACCUGAAAAGGAACCGGAAUUGCAACAGUAUGUGCCGCAACUGCAGAGCAACACCAUCCUCCGCCUUCUGCAGCAGGUGGCACAGAUUUAUCAGAGCAUUGAGUUUUCUCGUUUGACUUCUCUGGUUCCUUUUGUUGAUGCUUUCCAACUGGAACGGGCCAUAGUAGAUGCAGCCAGGCAUUGCGACUUGCAGGUUCGUAUUGAUCACACUUCUCGGACUCUGAGUUUUGGAUCUGAUUUGAAUUAUGCUACUCGAGAAGAUGCUCCGAUUGGUCCUCAUUUGCAAAGCAUGCCUUCAGAGCAGAUAAGAAACCAGCUGACAGCCAUGUCCUCAGUACUUGCAAAAGCACUUGAAGUCAUUAAGCCAGCUCAUAUACUGCAAGAAAAAGAAGAACAGCAUCAGUUGGCGGUUACUGCAUACCUAAAAAAUUCACGAAAAGAGCACCAGCGGAUCCUGGCUCGUCGCCAGACAAUUGAGGAAAGAAAAGAGCGCCUUGAGAGUUUGAAUAUUCAGCGUGAGAAAGAAGAAUUGGAACAGAGGGAAGCUGAACUCCAGAAAGUACGAAAGGCUGAGGAAGAGAGGCUGCGCCAGGAAGCCAAGGAGAGAGAAAAGGAGCGUAUCUUGCAGGAACAUGAACAAAUCAAAAAGAAAACUGUCCGAGAGCGUUUGGAGCAGAUCAAGAAAACGGAACUGGGUGCCAAAGCAUUCAAAGAUAUUGACAUUGAAGACCUUGAAGAAUUGGAUCCAGAUUUCAUCAUGGCUAAACAGGUUGAACAACUGGAGAAAGAAAAGAAAGAACUCCAAGAACGCCUGAAGAAUCAAGAAAAGAAGAUUGACUAUUUUGAAAGAGCCAAACGUUUGGAAGAAAUUCCUUUGAUAAAGAGUGCUUACGAGGAACAGAGAAUUAAAGACAUGGAUCUGUGGGAACAACAAGAAGAAGAAAGAAUUACUACAAUGCAGCUAGAACGUGAAAAGGCUCUUGAACAUAAGAAUCGAAUGUCACGAAUGCUUGAAGACAGAGAUUUGUUCGUAAUGCGACUCAAAGCUGCACGGCAGUCUGUUUAUGAGGAAAAACUUAAACAGUUUGAAGAGCGGUUAGCAGAAGAAAGGCAUAAUCGAUUGGAAGAACGGAAAAGGCAACGGAAAGAAGAACGCAGAAUCACUUACUAUAGAGAAAAAGAAGAGGAGGAGCAGAGAAGGGCAGAAGAGCAAAUGCUGAAAGAGCGUGAAGAGAGAGAGCGCGCUGAACGAGCGAAACGCGAGGAAGAGCUACGAGAGUAUCAGGAGCGGGUGAAGAAAUUAGAAGAAGUGGAAAGGAAAAAACGCCAAAGGGAGUUGGAAAUUGAAGAACGAGAACGUCGUAGAGAGGAAGAGAGAAGACUUGGCGAUAGUUCACUUUCUAGAAAGGACUCUCGCUGGGGAGAUAGAGAUUCAGAAGGCACCUGGAGAAAAGGACCUGAAGCAGAUUCUGAAUGGAGAAGAGGCCCACCAGAGAAGGAGUGGAGACGUGGAGAAGGGCGAGAUGAGGACAGGUCUCAUAGAAGAGAUGAAGAGCGGCCCCGGCGUCUGGGGGAUGAUGAAGAUAGAGAGUCCUCUCUUAGACCAGAUGAUGACCGGGUUCCUCGGCGUGGCAUGGAUGAUGACAGAGGCCCUAGACGUGGCCCUGAUGAAGAUCGAUUUUCUCGUCGUGGGGCAGACGAUGACCGGCCUUCCUGGCGUAACACAGAUGAUGACAGGCCUCCUAGACGAAUCGCUGACGAAGACAGGGGAAGCUGGCGUCAUGUGGAUGAUGACAGACCACCUAGACGAGGACUGGAUGAGGACAGAGGAAGCUGGCGAACAGCUGAUGAGGACAGAGGACCAAGACGUGGGAUGGAUGACGACCGGGGGCCGAGGCGAGGAGGUGCUGAGGAUGAGCGAUCAUCCUGGCGUAAUGCUGAUGAUGACCGGGGUCCCAGGCGAGGGUUGGAUGAUGACCGGGGUCCCAGGCGAGGGUUGGAUGAUGACCGGGGUCCCAGGCGAGGGUUGGAUGAUGAUCGAGGACCUUGGAGGAAUGCCGAUGAUGAUAGAGUUCCCAGGCGUGGUGCAGAUGAUGACAGGGGCCCUUGGAGAAACAUGGAUGAUGAUCGGCUCUCAAGACGUGCUGAUGAUGAUCGGUUUUCCAGACGGGGUGAUGACUCAAGACCAGGUCCUUGGAGACCAUUAGUCAAGCCAGGUGGAUGGAGAGAGAAAGAAAAAGCCAGAGAGGAGAGCUGGGGUCCUCCUCGAGAAUCAAGACCAUCCGAAGAACGUGAAUGGGACAGAGAAAAAGAAAGGGAUAGAGAUAAUCAAGACCGAGAGGAGAAUGACAAGGACCCUGAGAGAGAAAGGGACAGAGAGAGAGAUGUGGAUCGCGAGGAUCGCUUCAGAAGACCUCGGGAUGAAGGUGGCUGGAGAAGAGGACCAGCUGAGGAAUCUUCAAGCUGGAGAGACUCAAGUCGCCGGGAUGAUAGGGAUAGGGAUGACCGUCGCCGGGAGAGAGAUGACCGGCGUGAUCUAAGAGAAAGACGAGAUCUAAGAGACGACAGGGACCGAAGAGGCCCUCCACUCAGAUCGGAACGUGAGGAAGUAAGUUCUUGGAGACGUGCUGAUGACAGGAAGGAGGACCGGGCAGAAGAGCGGGACCCUCCUCGUCGAGUUCCUCCCCCAGCUCUUUCAAGAGACCGAGAAAGAGACCGAGACCGAGACCGAGAAAGAGAAGGUGAAAAAGAGAAGGCCUCAUGGAGAGCCGAGAAAGAUAGGGAAUCUCUUCGUCGUACUAAAAAUGAGACUGAUGAAGAUGGAUGGACCACAGUACGACGUUAAGUCUCAAGAUAACUGAUUUAAACUGGUGUCUUCAAUAGGUUUGAUCACAUUCAAGGAUUAUUAUACUUGUGCUUCAGCCAAUCUAAAUUGGAUUCUUUAAUGUUGUUUCACCAUAACACAAAAAGCAUGAACUUGUAUUAAUCCUAUAUAAUAGAUUGAUCAUGCACCAUAUCCACAGGAGGUUGGAAAAACCAUGCCAUUUUCUGGAAUUUAGGGGUGUUGCAUUAUUUCAUCAAUCAUUUGUUGACAAGAAACCUAAAAAAUAAAUUUAAAAUGUGAACCUUCAGGUAUUGAGUAACACCUUUAUCUUGGUAUAGAACUGAUCUUUUUUUAAAAUUUUAUUUUGAAAUACAUUAAUUUGGAAUGAAGUAAGAUUCUGUUAAAGAAAACAUAUUUGAAGACCCUUUAGAAUCUGAAACGAUUUUCACACCUUUUCAAGUGGUUGAAAUAUACCUCUUUUAGGUAUUUUGAGGUAUUUACCACAAACUAAAUUUAGGAAGUUUUUAGAUUCACUUUAACAUUACAAACAUUGGAUGCAGUGUGGCUUUCUUUAGAUUUUACGUGAGAGAAGGUGAGUAUAAAGCAAUUUGCAGUUACUAUUGUAAUGACAAGAAUACUGCCCAAGUGCGAAUCCAAACAGUACAGCUUUUAAAUUUUAAAGCAUUUGGUCUAAGUUUUUUUUUUUUCUGUUGCCAAUAGCAAACUGCUUUUCCAUUAACGGAGAAUUCAUGCCUUUCAAGCAUUUUAAAAUAUGACAAUAUUUAUAAAUGUAUGGUUUGGAGGAAUCGUUUAAAUUCUCUUUCCUAAUAUUCUUUCUCUUCAAGAUAGAUUCUUUCAACAAGUAAUUUGUAGUAAUGACUGUGUUGACUUCAAUUUUGGAGUGUAGUAGCUAUGUUAAAGAUUAACUCUUUGGUCUCAUUGAAGCCAACACAGAACUUGCUGCUGUGUUUUUUCUUCAGUGAUAAAUAAAAUACUUACAGAAUUUG